ACUUUUAUUUUGGCAAUUUCGUGAAUGCGCCGGUGUGGGUUUUUCCGCGAACAUGGAGGCUGUUGUGUCAGAUCUUGUGGCACCAGAAGAUCUAAAGAGGUUUGAGAAGAAGUACAACGCUGAGCUGGUGAAAGGACCCGUUUCCAAAGAAACCACGUUUGAGUACGCCUGGUGUUUGAUCAGAAGCAAGUACACAAAUGACAUUGUAAAAGGCAUUCAUCUAUUAGAAGAACUGGUUCAUAAAAGCAAAAAAGAUGAUCAGAGAGAUUUCCUCUUCUACCUUGCUGUUGCAAACUACAGACUUAAGGAGUACGAGAGAGCACUGAAGUACAUUCGUUCACUGCUGAAGAAUGAACCUCAUAAUAAACAGGCCCUGGAACUGGAGAAACUCAUCAACAAUGCGCUAAGAAAAGAUGGCUUAGUUGGCAUGGCGAUCGUCGGCGGUAUCGGUUUAGGUGUGGCCGGAUUGGCUGGUCUUAUUGGUUUGGCCGUGGCCAAAGGUGCAAAGUCCUAAUAUGGAGUUCCUGGCGAGCGUACUUUGAUUCCGUUCCUCUCCAGAAGAGAGACUUAAUGAUUUCUUAUAAUCACAUAAAACCAUAAGGAGGCCUGUCCCUUUUUAUUUUGUAUUUUUCUGCCAUGAGUUUCAUAAUGAGCUAUCAUAUUUUACCACAUUUCUUUUGCUUUAUGAUUCUCCAGCUCUUUCUGUUAUGUAUAGAUAUGUGGGGUUGGAAUAAAGUAAAAAAAAA